GAUGGUAAAACUAAAAAAUCCAUUCCCGAAUCGAAAUAAAAGCUACAAUAAGACCUGACAUUGUCAUUGAACCAGCAGUUUGAUGCUUCUAGCAAUUUCGACUUACAACAAACUCAUCAUUUUCGACCUCUGAGUCACCCUGUACCCCAUCGCUCAACACAACAUUCAUCGCGAUGAACUCAUCUGCUCACACUCGCUCGCUCUUUCUGGCCAGUUCGAGAACUCUCCGGCCUGUUCGAGAGAGAAACGCUCUCAAGUAUAUAAUCGGCGACGAGAGCGUGCUGUGUCAUCAGUUUGAAUACAACAAAGCGCCAAAGCCAAUCUAACUGCCAAAGCGAAUCACAAAAGCGUAUCCUUGCGACUCUCGUCAAACCAAAAGUCGAACUCUGUCGAACCAAGUGAAAGUGAAAAUCAUCGUACUGCGUGUUUCUUGUUGAGCAAUUAGAGCAAAAAUGUCGAUCGUACCGAUUUUCUUCCGCAACUGGUGGGACGACGAAUGGGACCGUCCGCUGUGGAACUCCCGUCUGCUGGACCAACACUUCGGUGGCGGUGUGACCGCGGAUGACCUUCUGAACGCUAUGGCUUCGGUGGGCGAUCGUCGACUGCAGCCGCGCCAUCAUCAUCACCAUCUGAACCGAUACAGCCGUCCAUGGCACAGCUCGUGUUUGGCCACGAAAAAGGACAGCGGAUCGACGGUGAACGUUACGGGAGACAAGUUCCAGAUUAACCUCGAUGUGCAGCAGUUCUCGCCGGAGGAGAUCUCGGUGAAGUACGUGGACAAAUCGAUCGUGGUGGAGGGCAAGCACGAGGAGAAGCAGGACGAGCAUGGCUACAUCUCGCGCCACUUUGUGCGUCGGUACGUGCUUCCCAAUGGCCACAAUGAGAGCGAUAUUGUGUCGUCGCUGUCGUCGGACGGCAUUCUGACGAUUACGUGUCCGCGCAAGGAGCUGGAACAGAAGAAACCGGAGCGUGCCAUUCCAAUCACCCACACUGGCCAGCCGGCGAAGAAACUGGCGGCCGCUGGGGACGCUGAGCCGGCCAAGAAGAAUGGAGAGAAGAUGGAAUCAUAAGUCUGUAUUAUUAAAGCAUUACCUGUACUAUCCAUAAUCACUCGUUAAGAAUAAUAAAUUAAGUUAUACAUUCAACAUAAUUUGACGUGAAUUAAUGUUAAGU